AAGUUUAUGUUAAAGCUUCAAUGAUCUGUGCGCAAUUGCGCACGUGGAAAACCCACAUUCACGUUUGGGGACCAGGAAGAGCAUUUUCACUACGUCAUUGUUUUGCUGCUCUCUGGAGAUAAAUUGCCAAAUGACUGACAGCUGAUUUUCCAUAGAAAAUAUUAACCAGAGCUGGACACGUGCAUGGGGCUUAUUUUGUGUGUCCGCCAGUGCGUUUACCUUUGUUGUCCAAAGUUCAUCAAACUCGUCUGAGCAACCAUUAAAGACUUUACACAAAAAUAUGGACAUAGCCGCUGUAAAUGUUCUAUCUUAUGAAGAUUUUGUUGAUGUUUUUGGGAACGUGGUGGAAAAAUGUCCCCUGAUUCCUGCUGCUGUGUGGUCCUGUCGUCCCUUUGUGAGCGUCAAGGCGCUUGAAGCUGCCAUUAAUGAGUUCAUUGAUGCUCUCCCAGAAUCAGGUAAAGAGGGGAUCCUCAGGUGCCACCCGGAUCUUGCUGGAAGGGAUCUCAAAAGCGGCACCUUGACCCGAGAAUCUCUAGAGGAGCAGGCUGAGGCUGGCAUGGACGCGCUGAGCUCCUUGGAAGCCGCGCGCAUGGCGCGGCUGAACGAGGAAUACAAGAAACGCUUCGGGUUCCCUUUCGUGAUUUGCGCGCGGAUGAACGAGAAGGCGGCCAUCCUGCAGCAGCUGUCCGAGCGCUGCCAGAACGAGCGCAUUGUAGAGAGAACGCGCGGCAUCGAGGAGGUGAAGAAGAUCUGCCGUCUGCGCAUCCACACCCUGCUGCUUUCUGACAGAACAUUCAAGUUGUGAACUGAAAGAGACGUGCGCGCGCGUGUCCUCUGUACCAAACCCCAACACUGCUGUCAAACUUUGCUGUGUUGCAUUCUUUAUUUGAAAUAUAUAACUUGUGUUAUGUUAAAACUAAUAUACAGCAAUAAACCAUUCAAAACUGGUUCACA